AUGGCUGGCAACGCUUCCAAUGAAGACUCGCCUCAAUCUAGUGCCGGUGCAGAAAAGCGCAAGGCCGACGACGGGCCCAAUGGCUCUGGCGGACCGGCACACACGCGGUCGAAACGAAAUCGCUACAUUUCCAUUGCGUGCAAUGAGUGCAAGAGGCGGAAGAUCAGAUGCAACGGGCAGCAGCCCUGCGUUCGCUGCGGCAACCUCAACCUCGAGUGUGUCUAUGCGCCCAAUUGCUGCACAAACACCUUGAAGGACUCGGCCGAAUUUCAGCAGAUGCGCAACCAUAUCGAGGCGCUGCAGAAUCAGGUGCACGAGCUAUACUCGCAGGUGAAUGAGCUGCGCACGAGGCAAGACGUCGUAUCUUCUUUCCCGGCGCCAGACCCGAUCUUCAAUCAAGAUGGCCAUGCUCGAUCCAUGUCUGCGUCGCGCACGCUUCCUCCACUGGUAUCACCUAAAUCGCGGCCGCCCCAAAGAGUGCUCCCGCAGUUUCAUGGUCCGACCAGCUCCAUGUACGGCUUCGAUGUUGCCAAGUCGUCGCUCCAGACGAUGGGAAUAACGAAUAUCGGCGACGAGGGUGCUGUUUCACAAGAGCGUAGUCGCGCAGCCUCUCCACUGCCGCACCCGCAAGGGCCACAUCCUACCAAAGACCCUCUCUGGCUGAUCGACGUCAACGAGGUGACGCGAUUGUGCCAUGUCUACGAAGAAGAGAUCGGUAUCAUGUAUCCCGUUAUUGACAACAACAAGAUGAUCAAGCAUGCCAACAGUCUGUACAAAUUCAUUAACGCAUCGCUGCGGACUGGGUUCGGACAGGUCGGUUUCCCGGGUGCUGAUGCGUUUGAUGACGAAGAAACUACAAUUCUCAAAAUGAUUCUAGCCACUACUCUUGUGGUGGAGGGUAAUGGACGCAGUGAACUUGGACAACGCUUCUUCGACUCUGCUAAGCCCGCGGUGGAUCUGAAGCUGGUAACAAACACUGGGAUUUCAUCGGUUGUUUUGCUGGUCUUGACCGCCACGUUCUACUUCCAAAAGGACGACGAAACCCAAGCAUGGCGUUUCAUCGGCAUCGCCUCACGCAUCUGCAUUGAAAUGGGCCUGCAUCGCCGGGACUCCUUGUUGAAGCAUUUCACUAAUGAAGCCGAGUACCAGCAAGCCGUGCGGAUAUUCUGGGUCGUGUAUGCUCUCGAUAGAAGGUGGAGUUUCGGAACCGGCAUGCCGUUCGCGCUCCAGGAUGCUGACAUUGAUCCGGGUCUUCCAGAACCAGACGAUGAAUAUCCGUAUCUCAAACAUAUCACCAAGUACAAUCAAAUUGCGACCAAGGUCUGGUACCAUAACAUCGCAUACGAGAGCGGACAAAACACCAAGAAGGAUGAGAUUGGCUUCCUCGACUACCAGAUCGUGCAAUGGUAUCAAGACCUGCCAGAGUCGCUGCAAUUCAAUAGUCGCGAUUUGCAACGUGAGAAUGAAAUACCCAGCCGUGGUCGCCGCCGCCUGCGGAUGUUGAUGCAUCUGCGCAAGAACCAAGCACGUAUCUCAAUCUAUCGACCCAUCCUGCAUUCGGCGACCAGCAUCAUGGAGAACCGGCACCAUGCUCAGCAGGUAGUCGAUGUGGCCAAAGACACCAUUAACACCCUUAACGGCGUCAACCAAAUAUCUGAUAUCUACAAGACCCAGCAAGUUCUAUACAACUACUUUCUCGUUCAAGCACUGGCGGUGCUGUUCCUGUCAGUUGCACAUGCGCCCGCUGUGUUCUGCAAUCAAACCCGACAGGAAUUCUACACCGCCAUCGAGCUGGUCAAGGGCUUUAGCACCAGGUCUCACGUCUCUAAGAGGCUUUGGCGGACCAUAAGAGGGUUGAAGGAGAUGGGAGACAAGAUCGGCAUGCUGGCCCGCGGUACUGGUAGCGACAACAACCAUGAGACAGACGCUCACUCCGAUGCGGCGGCAGCCAUGGUCGGAAUGGCUGGGCACAACGUUGACUACGCCACAGCGCCCAAGACGAACGGCUAUGAUGAGCUUGGCGUGAGUCCAGAGAAUGCUCUCCAGAUGACCAACGAACUCUCCCACCUCUUCGAGCUGGCAGGCAACUUUGGCAACAUGAACGGAGGGACUCCGGCACCAGAACAUAGCUAUGGAACACCCUAUCAAACGAAUGGAGGGGGUAGCUUUGACUUGAACACGCCCUUCCAGAAUGAGCCUGAGUUCUCGAAGAUUAUGAACGAGCUCUUCUGA